GAAUAAAUCAAAAUGACAAUACCUCCAGCAGCAAAUAAAGGACUUUUUGCCGCCGAUUUGUUUCAUCAAAUUUGUAAAACAAAAUCUUCAGAAAAUGUCAUAGUUUCACCAAUAUCAAUUCAUACAGCCCUAGCAAUUACCUAUAUUGGAGCCGAAGAAGAAACAGCUAAGGAACUUGAAACCGGCCUUCAUUUACUUACUACCAACUACGAACAAGUUGGAAGACAUUUUGCUGGAAUAAUUGCCAAAGACAAUGGCGAAGCAAAACUUAGUAUAGCCAAUAGGGUCUUUAUUAAUAAUGAAUAUAAAAUAGAUCCUCUAUUUAAAAUGAUCGCUAGCAAAUAUUUCGAUUCCGAAACUGAACAUUUAGAUUUUAGUGAAAAUUCUAAAGCUAUCAAUGUCAUUAAUAAAUGGGUUGAAGAGAAGACAAAUAAAAAAAUAUGCAACGUUGUUCAUUCAAUAGAUUGUGAUACAAAGGUGAUACUUGUUAAUGCCAUAUAUUUUAAGGGUAAAUGGAAGAUACCUUUUAACAAGGACAUGACACGUAAAAGUAAUUUUUGGAUAAGUAAAUGCAAGUCUGUGAAAGUUGAUACAAUAUAUGGGAGUGAACAUUUCAAGUAUGGUGUGUUUCCUGAGCUUAAUGCAACUGCUGUUGAAAUGCCAUACAAGGAUUCAGAUAUAUCGAUGAUUCUGAUCUUGCCAAAUGAACGUGAUGGUUUGGCCGAUUUGGAAUCGAAAUUAAGUUCAGUUGUGAUAAAUGAUCUAUCAGCGAGAAUGACUGUGAAGAGCUUAGAUUUAUAUAUGCCAAAAUUUAAGAUUUCAUUCACAACAAGGCUGACUGAUACUCUUAAGGCGAUGGGAAUACGUUCGUUAUUUGAAAAUGCAAGUCUGCCACGCAUGUUCGAAUCAGGUCCGCCAGUAAAAGUUUCUGAUGUUCAUCAUAAAGCUUUUAUUGAAGUUAAUGAAGCCGGAUCGGAAGCAGCAGCAGCCACAGUUGUUAAGAUUUCUCCGAUGAGUCUGGAUUUUUGUAAAAAGAAAUUUAAUGCUGAUCAUCCAUUUGUAUUUGCCAUAAAAGACCCGGAAGUUGUUUAUUUUGUAGGACAUGUUGCUAAGUUUUAAAUAAAAAAAAAAUUAUUUUUUAA